GUGACAUGGGUUUGUAGUGUGUAGUGUUAACGGUCCUUUUGGAUGAUGGCAAUGGCGACAUGGCGGCCAGCUGCGAACAGAUGAGCGAGACUCGAGUCUACAUAUCGUUGGUAUGGCAAGCAGUCUCCCUCCGCGCAGUCGCAAUGUACACCAGUCCGUUUGAGCGCGACCCGGCACGCGCACCUAUAUGCUGUGCGUGUAAUCGAAACGAGUAACCGAAACAUUCGAAUGUAACUGACAAUUUGAUAAUCCAAAUAAUAUAAAGUGACAGUAUCGUGUUGUGUGGUAUAGUGUACGAUCAAGUAACGAUUGUUUAUUUACAGUAUCUACUACGGUUGACGUCUGUUGGUCGAUAAAUUCAUCGUUUUCUUCGAUCAGUAUAAUAUACAUAAUUGAAGAUUAAACAAUGAAAGUAUGACAUAAGUUGCAUACAAGGUAAUUAUAUCGUGUGUGUGACCGGGUGAUGAUAACAGCAGUUUGUUUUUGUGUGGAACAGUAGUGAUGGUGAUGGUCCGCGAUGCCGGACUGGCGAUACAACGUGUUGUCGACGAGUGAAGCAUAUAUAAACACUGAGGGAGUUCCUGGCGAUCCUCUCAUCGCCAGUUAUCCACGACGUGCUGACCGUACUCGGCCGCUGCAUACAUGUCCCUACACUACAAUAUUUCUUGCAUCUCGGCACCAUAGUCCUUUCAGACUACCGACGCUGCAAGGUGAUGGAGAUCCAUAUGCAGACGUAUAUUCUGUCGACCGUUCAUCAAACUUAACGGAUACUUCUAGUUUUGCUCAUUAUGAGGACUGUCGUCCACAUGUAGAUGGACUCCUGCCAGGAGAUAACGAUAAUAAAACAACUGAAAACUUGGCAUUACAAAUUAAAAAGGUGCCAUAUACUUCUAGCGUAUUUUACGUCUCCACAAAAAACGAUACUAUAAGCAAGGAAGUUGUGCAAACUGAUGAUUUAUAUGUUGUUGAUGGAUCAGAUUCGGAUGCAUUAUCUUCGUGUACAUGUGACAGCUUUGAACGUUGUGAAUUUGACUGUAGAGAUUUUGAACCAUUUUCCGAUACUUGUUGUUGUGAUCCACAUAGCGAUGGCGUUUGUAGUCGAAGUCCGAAAGAAGUCGAUUCACCGGAAUAUUACGGUGAUCGAGGGGAGGAAGACGAUGGUGUAUCUGCUCGAAGUGACAUGGAAGGAUUAGAUUUAACUCUAUUUGAACCGGCACAAACAGACUCUAGUGAAGGUGAAAAUGUGAUUAAUGGACACAAUGCGGUGUCAAUUUCCUCUGCUCUAUGUGGGGUAUUGUAUGCGCUCCCAGAUAACUGUGAUGUAGCGACAAGUGCCGUGGGCGGAGCAGCGGUAGGGGUGCCACCAUCCUGGGAGCCGUUUUACUGUGUUCUGCAGCAAGAUCGGCGGACCCUUACCUCGUAUACCAGCGAAGAACUCGCUUCAUUUCCUGGGUUCUAUGUGGAUCGAAAGGCCACCAACAACAACGGAGAAUAUUCAUCACGAAGUUUACCUCGCGUGCGGCUAGAUGGCGGCGGUCAGGCUGGCACCGCGGGGGUCAGACUCCGAUGUUGGGCUGCUCCGCCUUCUAUCACUGAAGAAGAAGUGGAAGAUGAAAUUGAAGAAGAUGCUGUGUCAUUAAAAGCUUUACCCGUACAAG